AUGCACUUGCUUGUGUACCAUCAAGAAUUAUCGAGAGUAGCGAUGCUACCCGACGAAAGCGUCAUGCAGUACGGAAUGCGCGUGUUAAAUAUCGUACGAGGUGCCAAAGCCGCCUUAUCGUUGAUGCCUGAACGUUGUGCGAGAAAUAGAAUUCGAACUCGUGAAACCGCCGUUAGGUAUUCUCGUAGGGAUUUGUCACCUUCAUAUGGACAAGAUUUUGGAGAAAAUUUUUAUGGAAAUAAUUUUGAAAAGGAAAGACAUCGUUCGUCAACACAAAAUUUUCAUCCAAACUCAUAUAAUCGCCGCAGAGAAAGUAGCACGUAUGAUCAUUAUUCUCGAUCACCGUCGCCGCGACGUUCUCUCGAUUAUUUUGAUUCAACACAGCGUUAUGAUCACCCUGUGCACGUUCUCGAACGUAGUCACCCCUUACAUCCUGCUUCAAAGUCGCAACCUAAUCAAUUAUAUGAUCCUAAACCCAAGACAGUUUCUUGGAACGAUAAACAGAAAACGGACUCGAACCGUGUACCAUUUUGCGCGUUUUGUAAUGACGUUGGGCACGAAACUUAUCGGUGCCGUAAUCCGUUGAAUCCUAGGAGAAAUAAUUCGCCGUCAAAUUUUUCUCGUUCUUAUUCACCCGUGAACCAAGAACAGAAGGGAAACCAAGUUGACGCGAACUCAAAACAUUUAAACUCCCAAAGCGCUCGUCGAUCCAACGAGACGACGAGCGCACCUGUAAAUUAUGCACGAAUCGCAGUGACCGCUUCAACGUCAGGUGCGAAGACUGUUAUACCCGAUGCCCAACUAUCGAGGUUAACAUUAGGCAAAUGA